AUGUCUUGCAUUAACCACUCCACCACAAGUGACUACCAAUGUGUCUCCACAAACUCCUCCAAUGACGAUACAAUGAUGAUCACACGCCUGGUGGUAGAGGUGGUGUUUGAUGGAGGUGUAGGAACUUUCAAAUGUCUGAUGGGCAUGACCACAAACGCCAUCAACUGUCUGGUGUUCUGGCGACAGGGACUUGGAGAUCGAAUGAACCUGAGUCUCUUCUCGCUGGCGCUGGCCGACUUUUGUUAUUUUGCUGUGACGUUGCCAGCCUUCAGCCUGCCGUCCUUCAUCCGUUUUUACGACAAUGCUCUUUAUGAAGAAUACAAGGCUCACACUUUGGCAAGUGUGGUGGCGCUGACCAAGAUGUUGUCUAUCGUCGCCUGUGUCUAUGUUGUUGUCUCGACGCCGUCGUUGGUGUUGCAGAAGGUGGAGACUGUGGUGUACGCCUGUCUGGGUACUCUGGCCACCCUGGUCGGUGUACCAACCAACGUCCUCAACUGUCUUCUGUUCUGGCGCGAGGGUCUUCGAGAUCGGAUGAACGUGUGUCUCUUCUCAUUGGCGUUGGCUCACGUAUUUCCAGUUGUCAUUCUGACUGUCGUGACAGUAGCAACGAUUGUCACAGUCAAGACACUGAGGACAGCGAUGAUGUGGCGAGAAAACACAAGUUGUGUCGCUGACAACGUGCAAAAGCGACAGGUGGCGCUGAACAAGAUGUUGACCAUGGUCGCCAUCGUCUUUAUUGUCACCUACAUUCCACUCGUGGCGUUAUAA